UUGAUACAUCCAUUGACACAUCUGUUAUAAACAUCCCUUAUUUAUUAUAUAAAUAUCUACCAUUACUAUUACUAGCAACAAUCUUCCUAUUUUGAAACAACACUCGGACUUUUCCAUUUAUUCAUUAGGGGAAUAUCAUUAUUGAAUUUCGAUCAGAAAUCCCCGUUGGUGAAGUAACGAUACACCAACCAAGUCGGAUUCUCAUUAUUCGAUUUGAAGUUCUACAUGAAGGACUGCUUUCUAUCAUAGAAAUCUAUACUCAAUACAUCAUCAACUUACUUAUUAGGUCUCAUCAGAAGAUUGAAUUCUUACCAAAGAUCUAUUUACAUUUAUCCAUUUAUCUAUUUGUCUAUCUAUCUAUCUAUCUAUCUAUCCACCCAUCUACCCAUCUAUCCAUCUAUCCAUCCACCUAGAGCUACCUCAGCCUACCUACCAAUCUACCAAGCUUCCCUUUUACAGAAUAUCUAUCUGGCAUACGGAGGGAGUACGAUAAUAAGACGAUUCAUCACCCCCUGGCCCAUACCAAUCGCCUCCCUUGCCGCCAUCAAGAGACCCGUUUCUCUAUACCCAAGCAGCCACCAAUCAAUUCCGCCCUCAAUUCCAAAAAGUGGACGAGAGGAGAAAAGAAAGAAAAAAAGAUUAAAAAAUUAAAAAAACAAAAAAAUUAAUACCAACCUGGAAUCCCCCAGUCUUGCCCUUGGUGUAAAAAAUCACCCAUCCACGCCAUCUGCUGCAUUCCGAAAGACCUUGUACCCAAUUAAAAACGAUAUAAUCAAUUAACCCGUUGUUACGAAGAUCAUAUUGCAGGAACAACAAACCUUAGACCCCUUCUCCGUCAGAUUUCCCGCGUCGCAAAACUAAUUUGUUCCUCCCACCCUCCUCUAUUCAACCAACUCCUAGAUAGACGAUCAACUCAAGACUCAAGACUCAAGACUCAAGAAUCAUACACUCAACAACAAUUGCUCACAUUUCUCUCUCAUCGUCUUACUCUUCACAUUAAAUUCUCUCGUCAUCACAAUCACCAUCACCUUUUAAACGUUGCUUCAUUUUAUAAAUCAUUAAUCAUGGGCUAUGAAACUCGCGGAAGACAAUUGAAUUGGGGAGUGAUCGGUAUAAACUUACCACAAACUCACGCAGAGAAAGCGGCCGCUCGACUUUCACCGCCUUCCAUAGCGACGUCGACAUCAGAACAGCAACUUUCGAAGAAACGAUCACGUCGAAGUUCUUUCUCACUGUCGCCUCCACCAAAACGAAAGAAUUAUACAAUUCCAGAAGACAUAAGUACCCCGCCACUUUCACCACCAGCCGAUGAUAGCUCUUUUGAAAUUCACAAUGUGGGAAUAAAAGAUGAGGCGAAAGAGAAGAAAAUAGACGUUAGUGAAAUCAAAAUUGAAGAGGGCGAAGAAAGCAAAUUCACAGUCAACGGGGGCGAGGAGAAGGAAGAAAUCGAAGAAAUCGACUUGAAGGAAGUAAAGGACGAAAUUGUGGAAGGAGUUAUUGUUCAAUUACAAAAAACUCGCAAUAGACCUCAUUUGGUCAAGGAACUUGCAGCUAUUUUGUCUCCAACCGUUAAAAUCGUGGAACAAUCUGCCAAUCCAUGUGCAAUCAUUUCCUCUCGAUUAUCCAACUAUCUAAAACGACCAUGGACCGCAUCAUCACCAUGUCCAGUGGGAAAAGAGUUGGAAACUGUGCAUCCAAGAAGAACAUACUUUUAUUUGACUACUUACUCGCAUCAACCAUUUCCUGAUCCUGCACAAUUAGCUCAACGUUCGAUCAUCACCCCAUCCAUUUCAAGCGCAGAUUCGACCGAUGAACCAGAUCGAAAUCGUGAUGAUUCACCUGAAGUCGAUUUGUCUUCCGAGGAAUACGAUGAUGAUGAUUCAAUCACACCACCAACUCCCACUGGUUCCUUUGCCGGUCGUUUCGAACGUCCCGUGAGGAAUAAUCGUGCUGCAUCGGUUGGUCUUGAGAAAGAUGAGAAAGAAUUCACACAAACAGCUCGUGGAAUGCAAAAACGAAGAUUUAGCGGCGAGCCACCAUCAUCAUCUUUGGCGAAACCAUCUGAUAUGAACGAUAUGCCUUCAAAUGUUUCAGAUACCCCGAUGAAAUCUGUGGAAUCUGACCCAUUUUUUGGAGAAAGCCGAGGUGGUUUAAAUGCAUCGUUGUUAAAUACGCCGGGUUUUAUGAAUAGCCCCGCUAUGAAACCUGUUUUUGCAUCGAAAAAAUCAUGGGAUGCAACUGUGGAAACUUCUCAAGCGAAUUGGGCGCCAGCGAAGAUUGAAACAUUAGAUUGGGAUACGAGAAGUCCGGAAAACAUCGAAUUAGAUGAAUUAGAUGGCAUGCUUGAUGGAUUUUAGAUUCUCAAUCUUUUCCUUCUUUUUUAUGAUUAUACGCACACGAAAGAUUCUACCAGUGUUGAAUCAGGAAUCUUUGAUUCCAUUGUACAAAUAUUUUUCUACUUACCACUUGAGAUUUCUGUUGGGAGAGAUGUACGAUUUUUUAUUGUUAAAAGAGAUGGAAAGAUGGAUGGAUGAAUGGACUGGAAAAUGCGAAUACAAAAGGAAAGACAAAACAAAACCGGUCCUGGGGAUUAGGAUAUUUUGGAGGUACUCUCGUUUUCUCUACAUGAGAUAUUAUUUGUUUGAAGUCAGGUUUUUCUGCGAUGGUGUUUAGGAUGGUGGAUUUUUUUAUAUUUUUUUGGAGUGCGUCAUGUUUCAGCCUCUUCUCUUUCCUUUUUUUUUUGUAAACAAUAAAUUUCAUGACCCGAGAUGAUUGGAGAUGGAUGGAUUUGGGAUAUGAUAUGAUCAUGUAGUCGUAAGAUCAUUAGGUUGGGAAGGGGGACUUGGGAAUGGAGGAUGUGAAAUGAUCGUGACAUCGAGUUGAGCGGUCCGGUCAUACACUUUCGGUCAUAAAUCGUAUGAUUCAGAUGAAUAUGGGCGAAUACGAAUUUUCGACGGAUAUAAAUAUUUCCUCUGGAUGAAAUCAAUUUCUUUACAAUGAGAAAAUUUAAGUUGGGAUGGAAAAUAAUAUAUUAGGAUAUUAUAUUAUAUAUAUACACAUCUACAUAUACUCGAGUACACACACACACACACACACACAUAUAUAUAUAUAUAUAUAUAGAUGAAGAAUAUGAAACAUCUCUCCACC